GCCGCCUCCGGGCUGCGGGGGACGGGAGCUUUAAAGCGCAGCAGAUACUCCAAAUCUUGCAGCGCCGUCGAGGAGCUGAGUCUCACAUCUGCUGCUGGUGCACGGUUAGCAAUUCCCGCCGAGCUCUUGCUCUGGGCGGCAUAAAGCCGCACGCGUAAGCAAGUUUUUUUGUAAGGUUUAUAAAAAACUUAUCUCUGCGGAGAGCACAGAAGGGUGCUGCGUGGUGACGGGGAUGUGGGGCUUUUCUACACCAUGUGCUUUGCAACACAAACUCUCCUACGUUAGACUCAAGCUACUAGCAGAACACCACCACAGCAGACUCACGUGGCAACCAGACAAAAACUCCGCAGGGCUCCUGCGAGGACCCAGGCCCACUGCGCUGGCGGAGGAGCUCUGGGAAGAGAAAAGCCAAAACCACGUAAGAGCUGACUCAUGAGCCAUCCGUCCACAAAUACCUACACAGCUGUUUUUCUUCCCCCACGUGGAAGUAAUUGUUAAUGUUUCAUCAUCAAGAAAAAGCAUGCACAACAUUUCUUGCAUUGAGAUGCAACGCUGUAGUGGACUCCCUGCUCAGUAGAUCACUUCCCUAUGGCGAAGACCCACACCUAGAAGGACAACCCAUUUACCUGGCAGUGAAGGGAGUAGUGUUUGAUGUCACUUCUGGAAAAGAAUUUUAUGGAAAAGGAGCCCCAUACAAUGCUUUGGUUGGAAAAGACUCAACAAGAGGAGUUGCAAAGAUGUCUCUGGACCCAGCAGAUCUUACACAUGACAUAACAGGACUCACAGAAGAGGAGCUGAAGUCCCUGGAUGAUAUCUUCAAUAAUGUUUAUAAGGCCAAAUAUCCAAUUGUUGGCUAUACUUCCCGACGAAUUCUGAAUGAGGAUGGAAGCCCAAAUCUAGACUUUAAACCUGAAGAUCAGCCACAUUUCAACAUUAAAGAUGAGUUUUGAGGAACAUUUUUGUACCUAGAGAAUGCCUAGGGAGAGGCACAAUAGAAUACUAGAUUGACUCCCUAUUUUCUGCAGUUUGUUACAACAACUAGCUACCAUGAGUCAAUUUUAUGUUUAGAAAAUAUACAUGUGUGUACACACCUACUUUAGUGUCAUGCAUUUGGGCUGUUUGCUCUUAAUUAUGGGGCUUAUUUCUUACGAAAGUUCUUUCUGCCUAGAUUUCCCCGUUUACAAGUGUGUAAUGUAAAAUUACAUUCCUUAAAAGAUAUAAAUAAGUUCUUAGUAGUUGAAACAUGACUGGUCUCUUUGUAAAUCACAAGUUGUUUCCCACUCAUUGGAAAAGUGUGAAUGCAUUAUCUGGACCAGCUAACAUCAAUCAUCUGCGCUUCAAGUGAGUAUAGGUAUCACACGUACACAACAGGUGUAACAGAGGCUUACAUUUUAAAAAAGCACUGUGGGAUUUAAUAUUUGAUAGGUUUGAGAAUACUGGAUAUAAAACCACUCAGUCUCUUAAAAUGCAGUUACUGUGGAUUAUUUAUGCAAAGCCUACAGCUGUAAACGAAGAAAAAAAAUACCUUUUUUCCCCAUGAGAGCCAAUGUGAUAUUUAAUUAAGAUUAUUUUGUUAGUUUUGAAUAAAUGACACUUUAAUUUUUAAAAGUAAUUGUCAAAGCUGUCAUCUAUAUUAGAUUAUGAUGAUUUCCUUCUAGCUUCCUCCACUCUUUUCUGACAAAAAAAAGGAAAUGAUAGCCCACUGUUUACCACAUACUCUUACAGCACCAGUUUAUUAUAGCAGUUUAGUAUUCCGUGGAUAGUUAGCAUCUUUGUAUUUGCAAUUUCAGCUCUCAUUUUUAAUUUGUUAUGGUUUUUUUUGUUCUUACUCUGGCUUCAUUAUUGCUGUUGCAAUGAAGUGUGCAUUUACCCGUUCCUCCUCCUUUUAACUUAAUAUAAAACUGCAGAUCCUGUAGGGUGAAAGCAGACCCCCUCCAUCGGGUUCCUCUGGCAGUCUUUCAGCAACAAGAGGACUGUAAAAGCAUGUGCUAUAUAAAUUGCUGCUAACUACUGACUCUCAUUAACUUAAGUAGAAUGUAAACUGUCAUGUAUGUGGAUAUAUCUGCCACUGUGACAGGUUGAAUUGACAUGGAAAAACUGAGCACCUGCUCCCAAUUCUGUAUUAAUAAUAUAAGAAAAAUACAAUUCCAUAUUUUGUUCUGUUUCUUUAGCAUUUUGGCCAUUUUCUUGGAAGAAAAGACUUUAUUAGAUGAUUUUCCACUUUAUGGUUUGCAGGGGCCAGCUGCCUGUCAGUUGAAUAACUAGAAAAGCUGUUUCUAUUAAUUUGUCCUUUCUUUCACAAUGUUACAGAUUUUACACUAAAUUUGUUCUGUGUCUUACCAUUAGACAACUUAAUUUGCAGGAGGGGACUCCAUGGGUCACCCCCUGCUGUUGGACCAUGCUCUGGGGUGGAAUAAAUCAUUUAGCAUCUAAGAAAAUA